UCUCUCUCUCUCUCUCUCUCUCUCUCUCUCUCUCUCUCUCUCUCUCUCUCUCGUGGGGGUGGGACGCAAGGGAGAGAGUGAGCAAUAGGGAGUCAGAGGCAGCCAGUGUGACCGGCACUAGUCCAUAGAGGCGGCAGCCCUCAGCGCCACUCCGCCACACCUCAGCCCAGUUCUCGUGGCGGAGCGUGAUGAGCACAGAGCCGCCCAGUCGGAAGUCGGCAGUCGGUGACGGUGAUUUCUCGGCGUCAGACCGUUAGCUCCCGCCUCCCGCCGCCGUGGAGGAGCGCUGUGCGGCGGAGGAUGGUGCCUGUGGCGGUGACAGUGGUGCUGGUCCUAGUGAGCUGCAUCGACCACGAGCCUUGCCAGCUUUACUGAUCUUGUGACAACCAAGUGUACAAGCCUCGUUGUGAAUUUUAUGAAGUGAUUGUGGUGAAGCAAAGAAAGGAGGAAGAGAAGGAGGAGAAGGAGGAGGGAGGAGGAGGAGGAGAAGGAGGACGAGGAGGAGGAGGAGAAGGAGACUGAGAAGAGUGACCCACAUUCUUCCCUGAAGAAAUAUCAGGACGCCAUCAUGGAGGAUCCGGCAUCCUAAUGCGCCCAUCCUAUCACUCAGGAUGGUCAAAUCAGACAUGAUGACGUGGUGCGUGAUUACGAUACUGAUGCUGGCGGUGACGGCAGGUGGGGUGGCGCAGGCAGCCAGCAUGGAAGACACGGUAAAAGACUUGUAUGAGGCACCGCCAGUGGGUGAGCAGGGACGUUUAUUUCUAAACUAUGAUCAAGCGGCAGCCUUCAACACCUCCGUUGCCUUCACCAUCCCCUUAUUCUCCUUCACGCUGCCGGGCGCCAGUGACACUAGCGCAGCUGGCUUGGACGCCCAGUCCUUUGGGGCCGUCGCCUUCAUUGCGCUCUUCCUACUGGGAGGUUUGGCAGUGGCUAUCUACACCACCUCUCAGGGCGCCAUCGGGGGAGGGAGGCAGUACACGGAUGAAAAGGCACAUCAAGAGUCACUGCUGACCAGGCUGGUGACGGACUCCCUGUCCGGUCUUCCCAAUGUCGUGGACACUGGCAGCUGUGCGAGGCUAGCGGUGUGCGGGGCCCACGCCGAGCCUCAAAGAUACGGCCUCUUCGCCCUGCCCAUCAGAUUCCUUAUGCCGUCCAUCCCCGACGUGCCCGAGGCGGAGCUCACCGAUUACCAGAGGGCCGCCCGCUACGGCGACGAGGGAGAGAAAGACUGUCAGUACGAGUUUCCGUGUCUAGUCCAGCCCCUCGAUCUACUACUCUACAUGUACGAGUACUGGUUCGAGGACGAUUAUAUAUAAUUCUCAAGCAGGACUACAGGGUAUCGAGGGACGACGGAUGGAGCACCGCCUCUCAAGAGAUUCACAGUGCCCAUCUUGUGACCAGUGACUCUAUACUUGCACUGAGUCAGCUUCAUUAUCGCAUUGAAGAGUGUGAAUAUUAUCGACGUCGACCCACUUUCAUGAAGCCACAUAACGGCUUGGUUAGCAUUUCUUUCGUUUUGUAAACGGUGCCGGCGUCUUUAGCUCAGUGGAGGAGUGACGGCGUUAAUUAAGUGACGGUGCCGAGACACGGACUAUGAACUGCUGCGGCACCUGACAGACACUACAUAUUAGGGUGAACAUAUAUAUUUUUUUUUCAGAGACAACUGACAGAAACCAAAAAUAGGCAUAAGCUGAUAUGAACUAAUACUAAUCUUUGGCUACAACCUGAUUAUCUUUCUGAAAACAACUUCGGCAGAUGAGCUUAGCACUUGUGAUACAGCUGAGUUGAGUCCCUUAAUCUGAAAAGGGCGGCAGGCGAGGCGUCGACAUCAUCAAGACCGUGACUCGCCCACCAGUGUGUGACCCGCUCCGCAUCAAAACAACGAUUUCCAACCAAUACCCGCUGAUGGUCACGGUUAUUAUUUUGUAUUACUUCUUAGUCAUUACAAAAUUUUUGCAGAAUAGGAAGCCAAAGAUGAAUGAAGUAAUAUAUAUCCCUUUGGUACACAUCCACAACAUACAGUAAAAUUACAGCAUUUUUCUCAAUGGUUUGUGAUUGCAAUUUGAAAUUUGUAACACCCAAGUCAAUGGUAUAUUUGUGAGGCGCCUCUGCCCCCCAAAAAACUACUGUAUUAUGUAUGUGUUCUACCUCUUCGAGAGGGUAUCAGCUUACCUCACCAGCUUACCUCACUUAUCUUUAUCAUCUUGCUGACCCACGCUUUUCCUGGCACUAAUUUUGUCUGUAUAUAUGCAGCUUUGUCAGGCGUUUACAUAUGCAAAUUAUCUGAACUCCUGUCCCUUCGCAUUCCUUGUUAUGUAUGAUGUGUUAGUUACUGAAGUGUGUGUGUGCGUGUGUGUGUGUGUGUGUGUGUGUGUGUGUGUGUGUGUGUGUGUGUGUGUGUGUAACUUAUAGUUUGCAUGUAGAGUUUAUUUAGCAUUUUCAAUGGAUUUAUUUGCACUAAUAUUAGAAAAGAAUUUCUUGGAGGAGAUCGGGAUUACGAGGCCUGCAGGACCCUAACUGGGGUGACCCUGCAUAACCCAGUGCGUCCCGUAAGUUGGUGCUAACCCAUACAUCUUAAUUCUGAAUGAAUGCUGACGAAAGAAAAGACUGAAAGACUUUCUUCAGGCAGGACAGAGAAUCUCAACUAAUACUUAAACGUUUGUCACUAUCAUAACUUCAAUGGGGGUCGCACAACAGAGAUAUAGAAGCAGUUUAAAGUAAUCUCUCAGAAGCAUUAGAUAGUUGGAUACCAUUCAUGACGCGAACGAAACUACGAUAGAUAUUUACACAGUUUGUUACACAGGGCUAGACAAAAAGUUACGAGAAUAUUCCAGCUUUUAUUUAUUUAUUUUUUCUCUCAGUAAAUUUGAGACAGUACGAAAUCAUUAAUUGAAGCCAUUCAACACAGAACAUACUAAUACGUAUACAUAAAGCAUCCACUCCUCAAAUAAUACAAUCUUUUUGUAUCACGGAGGAAUCUCAGGCGGCUUAGUGCGUGUAGGUAGCGGGCGCCUGCGAAGUUUCAGGAAUAAGGUGACUCCUGGUGACUCUUAUAUUGAGGCAGCGAACGAGUACCAAACGAUGUCUUGCCAUUUUCGUAGAAAUUAGUGUAGAUAUUUUGUAGUGAAUCUAAAUGUGUGUGUGUGUGUGUGUGUGUGUGUGUGUGUGUGUGUGUGUGUGUGUGUGUGUAUUUUGAGCGUCUUCAGCAAAAACCAUCUUAUAAAAUUUCAGUCUACUUAAUGUAUCUAUGGUCAGGGGCAUUAUUUUUCCAUCAUGUGACGUAAUCCUCGAACUCCAAGCCUUUCAGCAGAAGCUUCCCCCGCGGCGUCCUGCACGCGCCACACGCUCCCUAGACGUGGUCACCCUGACAUCGAUUCUAGUUUCAAAUUAUGUUUCAGAUUUCAGGCAUUAAUUACUUCCCUCGUCUGGAGAAGCUGGAAAGAUGAGAAUUUCAUUCAGGUCAAUAAUGUGGGGAAUUUUGCUAAGAAGCAUCAAGGUUCUUAACAAUCAUUUAGGGACAAUUAAUUUUCUCUGAGUGCUUCCAUCCAUUGCCCAUAACUCGUUAAAUAGACAUUUCAUUUCUUUUUUCACAUUCCUCGUUCUCAUCGCCCGGUAUAUCGUAACAGUUUAUGGCCAGUCUUAGUAAUUGAAUUCCCAUACUUUACAUAUAUUUGUCACAUAUCUAUAUUGUUAUUGUUUAGAAAUAGUUUUUUUUACGCAUUACAGUCAUAUUUUAAACGUAUCAAUUCAGUUAUAUUUUUUUCGUAUGUAUUGUUGAGCCUUUCCAGGAUUUUAUCAGGGUGGCUGACCACAUUCAUACAUGUCAGGCACUGUUAUGUUUCGAUUUUAUAGUUAACAAUGUUACGACGAACGUCACAGACGAAGUUAAAUCUUCGUUGCUGGAUGUGGCAGCCAAAACGCUCAGAUAUUUAGAUUCCUUAAGAAUCCAGACGUGACGUCAAUAUACCAGGAGGCGUUAGCCUGACAUCCAGGUAAAUGGAUCACUUAGAUCGCAGUGGUUAUGUGAUAAAGUCAAGAAAUGGCAAGAACCAAAUAUAACUCACAUCAAUAUCAUCUCCUUCUUCUUGAUACUCUGACAGCUGGCACUACCACAAAGAUCAUUAAGCAUGUAGCGUGAUCUAAUUUAGCAUAUUUUCCCUUACACAUAAUUAUCUACCAAUAACAAAAAUACUCCAAAGCAAAAUGAAAAUAUCAUAACGUAUUGCACGAGAACACACUACACAAUACCUUCUGAGUGUGUCUGUUAUCCUCCCUGAUAGCGUUCCUGCUUGUUUUCUGCAACUCUCAUCCCACUCCUCCCUUUCUGAGUGUGUUCAUUCCUAUCUGCAUUCCUCUCACACCUCAUCCUUCAUCAGCCUGGACAGAACAGAUCUUCUCACCGCAUUUAUAUACUAAACCCUGUAAUGUCCUGACAACUAAUGCACUGUAUUCGUGGGAUGACUUUCGAACAACUAUGUAUUAAUUAAUUUCGGGUAUUUUUUCUUAAGUCUUUUAACUUAUUUAUUUACGUGUGUGUGUGUGUGUGUGUGUGUGUGUGUGUGUGUGUGUGUGUGUGUGUGUUCAGAAAGAGGACAGUGGCAAUCGCUUUCUGAGUUCCCUUUGUGAUCUGUGUAUCGAAUUAUGAGCAUUACCACUGGGCAUAAUCUUUUAAACUGUAGGAUACUCGAGGCUACAAGCAAAGUAGUGUUGCCGCGCAGCAGUCAUAUGCGCUGCAAGGAGCCCGCCGCGAUGGGCAGAGCCUUCGCGGCAACAUGUAUGUAGUACACUUCGUUCCGGUGAGCAGAGCGCCACGUGUCGCAAAAGCCUUUCGGAAGUCUCACACCGUGGGACCCGACGGCUGGCUGGAGUGACCCUCGCCCGCGGCAUUCUCAUAACAAUAAAAUUGUUUCCGGCGGCAAAGCAGUUUCUCAUUUUUCCCUGUAUCUCAGAGCUAAAA